GAUUAUACAUAAAGGUACAAGGGUUGACAUGCUGAUUUUUGAAGCCUCUAAUUUAUUCCUAAAGUUGAAACUGUAUCAUGCAAAUGCUGUAAGAAAAACAGAUCUGCGCUGGCCUCGAUUAGCUUGGUCUGUUGUAGCAGAAGUAGCAUUUAGGAUGAAACAUGUUAGCAAGUAACUGAACUCUGGGUCUUGUUUUGGUUUCCUCAUAUCUUCGUGAAUUCACCACAACUGCCAUCGACUGGAGUCAUGCUGCCUCUGAAGGAGAAAGAUAAACCCAUCGUUCAGAAGCUUCUGUCGGCCGGCUGCUGCCCUCGCUGCGUCCUCAGGUUCUGCUGUGUGAGCGUCCAGGCUGCCUACAGAAAGCCUCACCAGGAAACACUCAAAGAACUUCAAGCAUUCAUCGGCAACGCAGAGAACGGCAAAUCCCAAGAUUCAGUAGCAGCAGAUUCCACAGAAGAAAACAACAAAUCCCAUGAUGCAGUAGUGCCAGAACCAGCUGAUGACCCACCGAGUAAAAGAGCGAAACUAGAGCUCAGCAGGACUGAAGCUCCGCCAGAGGAAGACGCUGCUGCUGCUGCUGCUGCUGCUGAGGACAAACUGAAGGAGGCCGAGCCUGGUGUGUGUGUGGUGUGUUUGGGCAUCCUACAGGAUCUCUGCGGGACGUCUCAGGCUGUGAAGAUAGCAGAGAAGGUGAAGGAAGAAAAGUACGAGUUCGACACUCUGGUUCUGUCUGUGUCUCUGCCUGCUCAGCUGUGUGUCCGUGAGCACUCCUGUUGGCUCCAUGUGAAGAAGGAGAUGAGGGAGAAGAGCAUGGCGGUGGAUAAGGACGACGUGGUCCAGGUGAAGGAGGCCUUCAAGUGGGUCCUGCAGGGUCUGGUCACCAAGGAGAUGGGGGGCGUCGCUGUGGUUACCAGGAGUUUGUUCGAGGUCUCUGUGGAGUUCACUCACCCAGAGACGGACGCUGACUGCCACUUCCUUGCAACAACGUGUGCCGACUGCUUCAGACCCACCAAGAACAAACAGUCGGUGUUCACCAGGAUGGCGGUGGUCAAAGCUCUGGAGAAGAUCUCUGAUGCCAAAUUUCUAAAACAUUACGCCUGUCCACCAGCGAAGCCGACCUGCAGCUGCAGCUCACAGGACGUCCAGUGUCUCCACCAGUCUGUGUUUGUCGCAGGGAGGUACAACAAGUUCUGCCGCACUCUGCCUCAGACUCCCUGGGUGAUCGACGGCGAGCGGAGGAUGGAGUCUUCGGUGGAGGAGCUGAUCGCUGCGCCCGUCCUCACCUCCUUCAGAUCCGACGGAUUUAACUUCUCCUCGUCUGGCAGAGAGGAUGUGGACGUCCGGACUCUGGGAAACGGUCGUCCGUUUGCGAUGGAGCUGCUGAACCCUCACAGAUCCAGACUGAGCCGAGCAGAGAUGAAGCAGCUGCAGGAGACCAUCAACAAUUCCUCAGACAAAAUCAAAGUGAGAGACCUGCAGAUUGUGUCCAGGGAGGCCAUGGGGCGCAUGAAGGAGGGAGAGGAGGACAAAACCAAGUCGUACACGGCGCUCGUCUGGACCCUGAAACCCAUUCAGAGUGAAGACAUCGCCUUCAUCGACGACAUCAAGGAUCUGACUCUGGAUCAGAAGACUCCUCUGAGGGUUCUGCACCGGCGGGCGCUGGCCGUCCGUCCCCGAGUCGUCCACAGCAUGAGCACUCGCUUCCUCGACUCGCAUCACUUCUACCUGGGGAUGAAGACGCAGGCCGGCACGUACAUCAAAGAGUUCGUCCACGGAGACUUCGGCCGCACCAAACCCAACCUGUGUGAGCUGCUGAACACAGACACAGACAUCCUGGAGCUCGACGUGGAGUCUGUGGAUGUGGACUGGCCUCCGUCUAUACCAGAGUGAGCACCCUGGGUCUGAGCUGUAAGACCGGACAAAUUCUGUUUCUCUGUGGAACCGAUUUCCCCUGAACGCAACACCAAAACAUCCCCCACAGUGUGUGAGAGUGCAAUCACACCUUCCUGAUGCUUCUUCAUCAAAACUCAAAGGACUGCUUCUUUAGUUUCAUCACAGGAAAUGUUUAAUUCACUUUCUAGAGAUCAUCUUUUCAGCUGGUUGUUUUAAAAUGUACAACACCAGCACCCUAAGAGUAACACAGAUCGAUUAGUGUUCUUCAUUUGAUCCUUUUGAUUCCUACUUUAUUCGAUACCCAUCAUGUGAGUUUGACGCAGAUUAAACACAGGUGUGGAGAGGUUUCAUUACUACCUGCUACGGGGUUCUUAACCCAGCCCUAGUUUCUGUUCUGAUUAGUUUCAGGCGUCUUAUUCCUGUAACAGACUGUACGUGUAAAGCCUUAUAGCAGCAUGUAAAACCUGCAUUAAAUGCCAGAUUUUAUUUUGA